GUAUUUCAGGGCGGAGCAGGCGGAAGUAGGGUGAGAAGCGGUUGCAACGCCGAGCGGAGGAGGCAGGAACCCGAAGGCAAGCAGGGGCUGGGUGGGGACCAUGGCCGGGAUCACCACCAUCGAGGCGGUGAAGCGCAAGAUCCAGGUUCUGCAGCAGCAGGCCGAUGAUGCAGAGGAGAGGGCCGAGCGCCUUCAGCGGGAAGUGGAGGGAGAAAGGCGGGCCCGGGAACAGGCUGAGGCUGAGGUGGCCUCCUUGAACCGUAGGAUCCAGCUGGUUGAAGAGGAGCUGGACCGUGCUCAAGAGCGCCUGGCCACUGCCCUACAAAAGCUGGAGGAAGCUGAGAAAGCUGCUGAUGAGAGUGAGAGAGGUAUGAAGGUUAUUGAAAACCGAGCCUUAAAAGAUGAAGAAAAAAUGGAACUCCAGGAAAUCCAACUCAAAGAAGCUAAGCACAUUGCAGAAGAGGCAGAUAGGAAGUAUGAAGAGGUGGCUCGUAAGUUGGUGAUUAUUGAGGGAGACUUGGAACGCACAGAGGAGCGAGCUGAGCUGGCAGAGUCUAAGUGUUCUGAGCUGGAGGAGGAGCUGAAGAAUGUCACCAACAACCUCAAGUCUCUUGAGGCUCAGGCGGAGAAGUACUCUCAAAAAGAAGACAAAUAUGAGGAAGAGAUAAAGAUUCUUACUGACAAACUCAAGGAGGCAGAGACCCGUGCUGAGUUUGCUGAGAGAUCAGUAGCCAAGCUGGAAAAGACAAUUGAUGAUUUGGAAGAUAAACUGAAAUGCACCAAAGAGGAGCACCUCUGUACACAAAGGAUGCUGGACCAGACUCUGCUUGACCUGAAUGAGAUGUAGAGCACCCCAGUCCCAUCCUGCCGCUGCUCCUCCCUCUGACCCGACUCCGCUGAGGCCAGCCUGCCCGAAGCUGACCUUUAAACUGAGGGCUGACCUUUAACUGGAAGGCUGCUUUCUCCUUUCGCCACCUCUCCCACCCCCACCCCUGUGUCCUUUUCGCCAAACUGUCUCUGCCUCUCCCCAGAGAUUCCAUUUGGGCUAGAGGCUGAGCACCUUUGGGAACAACGUUUAAGGGAAUGUGAGCACAAUGCUAAGUGUCUUUAAAAGCAUGUUGUGAUGUACACAUUUUGUAAUUACCUUUUCUGUUGUUGAUAUAGCAGCCAUUUGUAAAACAUUCCAGAUAAUUCCAUAGUUCUGAAGCAGCAGUCUAAUCCCUUUCUCACUUUUGGAAGGUAACUUUUCAGCUUAACGCAUAUUGCCCUCUCCGUAGAGGAGGGGAAAAGGUAUGGGCCUGCCUUACCGAGAGCCAAAACAGCCCAGAGAAGGACUCCAUUUUGGGAAACCUUAUUGCUCUGUAAAAAGUACCUGCCAAACCAGAAAGGUGAUUCCAGAAGGAGUUAGCCAAAAAAAAAAAAAGCGCUGUUCAGGUUUUCAGCUUUACGGUAUCUUUGGGCAAGUUUUUUUCCACCAGAAGUGACCAGAUGAAAUCAAGAUGGUGAGACCUCUGAGACCAAAUCCUUGUCCCAGCUCUCCCGUUCCCAGCCGCUCACAGAAUGGAUCAUGUGUCCCUUAUUUUGAGACGACCACUUAUUUGCUCUCCCGCCUCCUUGAAAGAAAGGAAAGAAAAUUAUGUUUUACCACUGAUUUAGCCAUAUGAAACUCAUCUCAUCACCCUUUUCUGGGUCUGAAGCUGCUGUCUUUAAUGAAAGUGCCAUCUCAUUGUGCAUUGUAUCAGUUAGUGCUGGAGAAAUCUUGAAUAGCUUAUGUACAAAAUUGUUUUUAAAUUUUAUAUUAUUUUGAAACUUUGCUUCUUUGGGGUUGGGGCACACUGGUCACCCCAUCUGGCUGUGAGAGCUCUCUACAGUCUGGGCUGGCAGUGUGCUGAUCUUUUAAAGUUUCUUUCCCUACCCAAUCCCCCCUUUUUCGUGAGGUUUCAGUGAGGUCAGUUAGGUGUGCAUCCUACAGCUUAAUUGGCUUAAAAUGUACUCCCCUUUGGUGUGGUCUCUUUGGGGGCCGAUUGGGAGAAAGAAAAAACAAUAGUGUAACUGUUUUGAUACUGAACAUUGAUAAAUGUCUUUUUGAAAUAAAGAACCAGUCCCUCCAA